UGCAGGGAAGGAGGUGCGGAGCGGUGCGGGCAGGACAGUCGGAUGGGCAAUAAAAUAAUCAAAGCGUGCACAAAAGUGCAACGGGAAUUGCCGAAAAACUGGUUACAAAAAAUGCAACACAGUAAAUCCCUUAACUUAAUACUGCUGGUCAGUCUGCUGUUAAUGGGCCUGGCCAUGGCCCAGGAGGAUCGCUCCUCGAACGCACCCCAUGUGAGGCACAAGCGUGGAAUCUUUUGGGACUUCUUCCAGAAAAUGGUCAUCACAAAGAACCUGAUAGUGGAUCAAUACACGGACACCAGGAACACCCUGAAUGACAUUUACAACACGGUCAACGAGCAGUUCAGCGAUCCGGGCCCCGAGAAGCCCACCAAUCGGCCACGCACCACAACCGAGAAGUCGUCCAUCAGCGGGGAGGAGAGCGGAGGUGGGAGCAGCGAUGAGCCCACCACCACGGAAGGAUUCCAGAUAUCCCGUUACGAGCUGGGCCGUAUCCUGGGUCGUAACUUCCGAGGCUUGCAGCGACUGGCGAAGAGCGAGUUCCAAGUGGCCCUCAAUGCCACCAAGUACAAUCUGAUGGAGUACAAGGCCGAGGCGGAUCAGCAAUUCGCCAACAGCCUGGCCGUCGAGAAGAAAAACAAACUGAAGAGUCUCAAGGGCUAACACUUGUAGGACCUUCACCCAUCUUCACCCCCUUCACCAGUGCCUGAUAGUAGUUGUCUCUGUGAUAGGCUUCCUGCAUAAAUAUGUACAGACAUAUCUCUAUUCUCUUUUUUUUUGGUUAUUUAUUUGUUUGGUUAUGAAAUAAAGUGGGGAAUGUGAAUGAAUGAAUGUCCCCAGACGCAUGCGAAAUACGUAUGGUGGUGUCUGCGACUAUUUUUGCGUCAAAUUAAAAAGUUUUCUGUCAUAAUUUUAUUGAUAAACUUUUAAGUAAAAAAGCGUCGCACGAAACUGUGGCACUGGCCAAAAAUGGAAAACAAACCCCCGCCCAUACUCCCCACCAUCCUCCCAUGACGAAGAAGCUCGAAAAAGAAACAGGAAACACUCAGAACGAUGGAGAAGAAAGAAGGAAAGAAGCAACGAAGCUUGUGGGGAGGAUAAAGCAUGAAAAUGGUUUUGGCUCGUAGCAUUCCAGCUUUCGCCAUCGCGUAAAUACAUUUUUGU